CUUGUAGCUGUGCGGAUUCUUAUUAACGGUACAUUAACGGCGCUUUAAUUUGAAUGGUCCUGAAAAACUUCGAUCUUCUCUGUAACUAAUUUAAUAGGACAACAAAAUGAGGUUCCGAGCAAAAAUGAUUGAUGUGGGAUGCCUUAAUCAUUUUACACGUGUGGUAAACACUGUCUCCAAGCUAACCAAGAUGUGUACACUGCGUCUCACAAAGGAAAAACUGUUUUUUAUGCUUACUGAUAAAGUAGCCAAUGGUGGUGUCAGCAUGUGGUGUGAACUGUUACAGGAAAACUUUUUUGAUGAGUUUCAGAUAGAAGGCAUUUCAUUUGAAUAUAAUGAGAUAUACUUAGAACUGGCUCCUGAAAACCUCUCCAGAGCUUUAAAAACAGCCCAUAAUGCUAAAUCAGUGAAGAUCAAACUGACAAAAAAACACUGCCCUUGUAUCACUAUAGCAGUUGAACUGCCAUCUUUAUCAAGCAUCAGUCGAGUUGUCACACAUGACAUACCUGUGGAAUUGAUCUCCAGACGACUGUGGAAUGACUUCAGAGAGCCCAGUGUGCCAGAUUUUGAUGUCAGCAUAUAUCUACCUCCGUUGAAGACAGUGAAGAAUGUUUUGGAUCGAAUGAGAAAUCUCUGUCAUGUUCUUGUAUUGGAAGCAAAUAUGAAUGGGGAUAUGAAUCUGAAAAUUGACACAGAUUUAGUGUCAGUUUCCACACAUUUUAGAGACCUUGGAAAUCCUCCUUUCAGGGAAGGAACUUCUCGUCAUUUUCAAGACCAAGACCCUGAAUCCUUGACUGAAGUGAAAGUUGAUAUAAGAAAGUUUCAGCAGUUUCUUGCAGGCCAGCAAGUUAAUCCAGACAAAGCAAUAUGCAAUAUUGCCAGCAAAAGGAUGAUUCAUAUUAUUUUGCUUCAUGAAGAUGUAUCUCUGCAAUACUUUAUUCCAGCCAUUCUUUAAUUUUUAUUGAACACUAAAGUACUUUCCAAAAACAGUGCAAUAUGGAAUCUUAUUAAAUGUAUUAUAUUUUAA